AUGUACUUCGUUGUGGUAUUUACCACUGAAAAUUCAGUUGAUGUUGUUGGAGAGAAGUGGUUCCACGACCACGACAAGAGUCGUGUCAUGUGGCUCGAUAAUCGGAAAGUGCGAAAACGUUGUUUGGAGAUGGACGAGCGGCCACCAGAGGGCACGCCUUAUUACCCAGUUAGGAUACUGGGUAACUAUUUCCCAUUAGAGGAGGCUCACCGUCGCGCUAAGCUAGCGGAAAAGACCUCCGAUUUGUCGAGCUCUGAACCUACGCAGAAAGGCAGGGGUUGCCGAAGGAAUAACUGCCGCUGUAUCAACGUUACCUCAGCUGAUAUGCUCCCAGCAGCGAUGCAGGCUGCUUUGAAAGCAAUGGAGACCCGCCUUGAAGCCCGCUUUGAUGCCCGUUUUGAAGCCCUAGAGUCUAUUGUUAGACAAAGCAACGAAUUGAAUAGGCGUUUGUAUGACAAGCUUACGUAA